AUGGCCGUCAACUUUUCCCAUAUUUGCCUAACCGAGAAGCAGCAGAUGGUCCACGGUACCGAGCUCGAAUACAAUCUUCAACGCUACGUCUACCCGGCCAUUGCGAUAUUCGGUAUCCUCGGGAAUGCCCUCAACCUCACCGUCCUCCUCAACAGGAAUAUGAGAUCCCGAGCGAACUGCUUCCUGGCGGUGCUGGCAUUUGCCGACAUCAUCUUCCUAUCAUUAGUGCUUCCAAAUGUGCUGGCCAAUUACGGGGCUUUCGUGUUCAACUACUACUUCCGAUGGUUCUAUUUCACCACAAAAAUGCACAUUAUAUCGCUGGCAAAUUGGUCAUCUGCGGUGGCGAUUUGGUGCAUUAUAUCCGUGUGUGCCGAUCGACUGUGGGGAAUACGAAAUCCAUUAUAUGCUAGGGAUCCAUGGCCAUGGUGGAAAAUGCCUUUGGUAAUGUCAACAAUAGUUGUCGGCACUGGCGUUUGCACCCUCUAUCAACAUUUCGAAUACAAUUGCCCACUCCGCGAUUACUGUAAUGGAACACAAAUAUUUUCCCGGUGCCAAGCGAUCACUAAUGAGAGAAUGUUUGGUCGCCCAAAUCCCUACCCAGAAGCUUGGCGGAAUCUGAUUUCAUUCUGUGUGACGCUUUAUCCAUUAGUAAUGAUCAUCUGCCCGAUAAUUCUUCUCGCCGUUCUAAAUCUACUUUUGAUUUGUGCUCUCAGACGGCGUCAGCAUAAUUUGAUGCUUGGAGGUCAUGCUCCAGAUUCAAGAAAAAGGUCCACCGAGGUCAACAGUUUUGCGAAGACUGAGCAUCGCGUUACGUUGACGGUUACCUUCAUCGUGACCAUGUUUACAAUCACAAAUGGCCCGUCAGCAUUGGAACAUCUCGUACGGAAGACUUUUUCACAGGAUGAUAUGACGCUAUACUACGAUAUUAACAUGAUUUGCACAACACUGGUGAUCUUUGGAAAGGCUUCCAACUUUAUUCUAUUCUGCCUCGGCUCCAAACACUUCCGGUUGCGGUUGAUCAAGCUCACACAAAAGAAGAUGAACAAAAAGAUUGAGAAUUUCUCGAGCACGUUCCUCGAUCGUACGUCAUUGAGGAGGAGUAGCGGGCCAUUGAUGAAAAAGAGGUCUUCGACAAUGAAUGAGUCCUGCAACACUUCGGAAAACUCACAAGAAAGCUCAAAGAAACGUCUACCCAGCCGUGCAAGUCUCAAUUUGCGGCCCUUAACCCUUGUGGAUAAUCGGACAGGGCCAAGCCGAGCAGUCCCAUUCGUACCACCAACCGAGCGAUUUACACCUUACGAGGAUGGAUCCGAGCCACUUAUUCACACAAAUUCAAACACUGAACGCGAG